AGAUGCAAAGAGUAAUAUUACAAGCGAAGGAUAGCUCGGAGCGGUUGAGCCGACACGAGAAAGAGCUGAAGAUGCUCAUGAAUACAAUAGCGUCUGAUAUCGAGGUGCUGGAAGAAGGAGACGUUAUGGUCAAUGGGGGGCAUUUUGACGAUGUAAGGAGAGGAAGAUGUUUUGUCUAGCCAGCCAACAACCAGCAGCUGCUAUUUCUUUUUUCUAGCAUGGUCCAACCUUUCAGGGCGCGGGUUCAAUGGUCGAAUGGCUACGGCAUGCAAAUCAGUACGCUAAGAGUACAAUCAAUUUUGGUUGGCAGUAGAGAGAUUGUGAUCACCGUGUCUACUACUGACUCGAUAGUCCAAUUUCUCAUGAAAUUGCAAGCUAAGCUCUCUAACAGACAUGUGCAUAUCCUUUUUUUGCCUAUGGGGAAUGGGGGAUUGACUCCUACUCUGCGUUUCUGUGUCUGCCUAGCGAUCAAAGCAACAUCUUGGUUCAAAACCGAGAGGACUUUUUGGGACUACCUUUUCCCAUCACUUUGUAAAUCUGCUAGAAGGGAAGGAUGAGUGAUUCCUGACAUGGUUUAUGAAGAAGAUUGUCAAGGAGGUGGCUAUAACCUUGGGAACACGUUCUGGGUAGCCAUUGACGGUGUUCAGUGUAGUUG